AUGGCCAGUCGUCAGACUCAGUUUGCCUUAGAGAAAAUGGUACCAGAGUUCACCGCAUACAAGCGGGCUAAGGUGUUCCAGCCAGAGGAGUUGGUCAAACUCGUUCGUCGGCGAAAGGAAUUUGAAGAAAAACUUAAUGCAGAUCUGCCCCCCUUAAGGCUCUUCCUCCAGUAUAUUAUGCAUCUGCACUCUACAUACAAGCUUGCGGCAGAUCGAUGGGUACAGCUAGGAAACUCGAAAGAGGAGCUAUUUGAGGAGGCCCGGAGUGUUUAUGUUAGGGCAAGCGGAGUAGUGGAUCUCGCCAUUAGACGUUAUAGAGGGAACCCAGAAGCGUGGCAGGCUCUUCUAGAGCUACUUGGACGUAUCAAAAUGUUGGAUAAGCGAGCCACUGUUGCUCAGCUUUAUCUGCAGACUUUUCCAUCAGAUGCCGAGCCUUGGAUCUUGGCGGCCCAUAUUGCUGAAGAGACUGAGGGCGUCACUCAUGCACGUAGUAUUUACCAGCAGGCAGUCAAGUCGAUUGGCUUACUCUCCGGAGUCACACUGAAUGGCCGAUACCAUGGAUCGGGACGCUCAGGAAUCGCCAACACAGAAACAAACAAGCGCAUUGUUGAGGUUGCUAUCCGCAGGAAAUUGGAUUCUGUUCGAGCAAGUACAGACCCCCAAUUGAUGCUGUCUCCCUGGAAGCGAUAUUCUUCACUUAUCAUCAAUUGGGCCUGCUUCGAGGUGCGGCAUAUAGCAGCGUUACGCGGAAAACACAACGAGAAAAACUACCUCUCUGAUUACAUCAUUGAUAAAAGAUUUGAUGGGUCUCCAUAUAUGCAGAAGAUACUUCAAGGGGAAUUGGUUGCCAUCGUCCUGAGACGAGGAAUUAUCGCCGCCUUAAGUGUUACUAAGCUACCAGGCAUACCCGAUAGCAUUGAAUUUGAUCUUCUAAGUGCGUAUGAGCAGGGGAAAAUGCCAUACCUAGAUCACCCGACAGAGUAUAGAGCGAUUUGCUACACGAGUAUUGACAGGAUAUUGAGCUCUCCACUUGUUGAGGCCUUUCUGAAAGAUGUGUAUGAAGCACUAGAGCCCAUUUGUGUGCAGAACAAAUGGGUGUCUUGGUGGACCGAUAGAGUGCUGAAUUGGGCUCUGCAGAAGACAGCGGCAACGCUUCAAAGAGCCAUUGAAACAGAGGAGCUUUCUGUUUUGAAGAGGUAUCAGGUUGAGACCAGCGCUGUUCAUCAGUCUGCGUUUGACUGGUUAAGACAUCUUAAUAACGAUGAUUAUAGUAACGAUCCGCUCAGAAAUGUAGCUGAUUCUAUCUCCCUGGAGGACCUUCAGCGUUUGCAGGAGAGGAUCAGCACUGCAAUGUUAGACUUGACCGAGACACAACACAAAGACCUCGAUGUACAAAAUCUCGAAUAG